UCUCUGCAGCCCCUUUGGCUGUUUCCAGCGCAGGUGAAACACGUCUCCAGCAUCUUUAUCACUGAUCAGUUAAGCAAUCGCUCUAUAAAAUGCCUGUCGAGUUUGAACUUUGCCCUGGGAGAAAAAUUGGGGGAUCCAACCCUUGUUUUAUCAUCGCCGAGAUCGGACAGAACCAUCAGGGAGAUGUAGAAAUCGCCAAAAAAAUGAUCCGAAUGGCCAAGGACUGUGGAGCCGAUUGUGCAAAGUUUCAAAAGAGCGAGAUCGAGCACAGAUUCACCAGAAACGCUCUGGAUCGGCUUUACACGUCCCCUCACGCCUGGGGCCCGACAUACGGAGCUCAUAAGCACCAUCUGGAGUUCAGUCACCAGCAGUACAGAGAACUACAGCAAUACGCCACAGACAUCGGCAUCUUUUUCACCGCAUCCGGCAUGGACGAGAUGGCGGUGGAGUUUCUUCACGAAAUAAAUGUGCCGUUUUUCAAAGUGGCCUCGGCCGACACCAACAACAUCCCCUACCUCGAGAAAACAGCCAAAAAGGGUCGUCCUAUGGUGAUUUCCAGUGGAAUGCAGAGUAUGGAAACCAUGCGCUGCGUUUAUCAAACUGUCAAGAAACACAACGCUAAUUUCACGUUUCUGCAGUGCACCAGUGCUUAUCCGCUGCCGCUGGAGCACGUCAACCUCAGUCUGAUCAGCGAGUUCCAGAAGGAGUUUCCCGACAUUCCCAUCGGAUACUCCGGGCAUGAGACAGGCAUCCAUGUGUCUGUGGCUGCUGUGGCUCUCGGAGCAAAAGUCCUGGAGCGUCAUGUGACUCUGGAUAAGAGUUGGAAAGGCAGUGACCAUGCGGCCUCACUGGAGCCCAAUGAACUGGCAGAGCUGGUGAAAGCCAUCCGGGCAGUAGAGAUGGCCAUGGGGUCACCAGUCAAACAGAUGCUGCCCUGUGAGGCUUCAUGCCACAGCAAGUUGGGUAAGUCAGUGGUGGCCCGGAAACCACUGAAGAUGGGUGAGACUUUAACCCUCGACAUGCUGAUAGUGAAAGUGGCCGAACCGCAAGGUGUGAGACCAGAGAACAUCUUCAAACUGGUUGGCAAGAAAAUAACGGUGGACUUGGAGAAAGAUGCCACAAUUACUGAUGCCAUGAUUAAAGGUUGAUGAUUUAAAACAUAAAGGGACAGUUCAGCCACAAAUUAGCAUUCUAUAGUAGUUCUUGACUGGUAUAUUGUGUUUUAAACUUCUGUUGAACACAAAAGAAGAUAUUUUGAAGAAUGUUCAAAAAUGGUAGCCAUUGACUUUCACAUCAGGAAGGUAUUUACUAUGGAAGUCAAUGGCUACCAUUUUUGAACAUUCUUUAAAAUAUUUCCUUUUGUGUUCAUCAGAAGAAAAGAAACUCAAACAGGUUUGGAACAAGUACACUGAAAAAAGUGUUGCAUGCAAAACUGUUGCAAACAAUUUAUUUGUGAUGAAUUUAAACAAAUUAAAUUUAUUAAUGUUCAACUUAAUUUGUUUGUUUAAAUUCAGCCCAAAUAAAUUGUUUACAACCACUUAACGUAAAAAAAGGAGUAAAUCCAAGGAAUCAGCUUUGAAUAAUUUUUGUAGAGGUGUAGAGGUUGAGUAAAUUAAGACUGAACUUAGAUUUUUAGGUGAACUGUCCCUACAGGACAAUGAAGGGGAUACUGGACAAUGAAGGGGAUAUAUCUUACAAUCAUAUUAGUAUUUAAAUACAUAUAUUUAUUAAUAUUAGAGGUAGAUUGUAAAAGUAAAAGCACUACACCACAAGUAUAUCAACACAAUCUCACAACAUUUUCUAACCGUUUACAUUUAUUGCUAUUUUGUAUGAAUUGUACAAUUCUCUCAUUUGUACAUUUUUACAUUCUGCUUAUUUUCAGUGAUGGGCAUUUGCUUUUAAUGACCUUACAUUAAAUUUAUUCAUCAAUAUACCCUGCUAAAAAAUCCAGCUUCAACCAGCCUAAGCUGGUUGGCUGGUUUUAGCUGGUUGACCAGCCUGGUUUUAGAUAGGUUUCCAUCCAUUUCCAGCCUGGUCUUAGCUGGUCAGGCUGGAAAAUUACCAGCUAAAUCCAGCAAAAACCAGCUUGACCAGCCUGGUUUAAGCUGGACAUAGCUGGUUUUGGCUGGGCUCCCAGCCUGGCUAGGCUGGUCAAGCUGGUUUAAGCUGGUCAUCUCCCAGCCUGACUAGCUAAGACCAGGCUGGAAAUAGCUGGAAACCAGCCUGGAAAUGGGCAAAACCCCUCUAAAACCAGGCUGCUCUACCAGCUAAAACCAGCUAACCAGCCUAGGCUGGUUUAAGAUGGAUUUUUCAGCAGGGUAAGCAUUUUAACUAUGUUUUCUAGUUUUUCCAGGCCAUUCAAAACUUUUGUCUUUUAUUUUAGUAACGUGUUGAGAUUAUAAAUAUGCAAAGAUGACAUCAUGUAUUGAUUUUGCAUAUGUAUAAAGUCACAAGAUUGCUCGUUGUAUCCUGCCUCACUGACGAAUGCCAAUGUAACUGUAGUGAACAAACACUUUUAAUAAAGAAUGCUUUUAUAAAACACAGAAUAA